AUGGGUUACAAAAGACUUGGAUUAGGUCUCAUUCGACGAUUUUUAUAUUCAAAUGUGCAUACUAAAAAUUAUUGCACCAAUGUAACUGAAAUGAAUUCAGCUAAAUCAGUACUUCCUUUUAAUAAAGUACCUGGUCCUUCAACUUUACCAGUAAUAGGAACUCUUCAUCAUUUUCUACCAGGCGGUAGUUAUAACGGGUUAGACUUGGUUGAUCUUGGUCUGAAACUAUAUGACGAUUUUGGAGAUAUCGUAAAUUUAAAAGGGAUGCUUGGUAAACAAGAUAUGGUAUUUUUAUACGAUUUAGAUGAUUUUGAGAAAAUUUAUAGAACAGAAGGAGCUUGGCCAGAAAGAUCAACUGUGGCAACUAGGGAAUAUUACCUAAAAGUUAGAAGACCUGAGGUUUUUAAAUCCGUUUAUGGUCUCAUUCAUUCGCAAGGAAAAGAAUGGCAAGACAUACGGACAGCUGUAAAUCAAAUAAUGAUGCAAAUGAAAACUGCAAGGCAGUAUGUAGGAUGGGUCGAUGAAAUAGCACUCGAUUUUAUCAAAAGAUUAGAAACUCUAUUGGAUUCCGAACGUAAAGUACCCAAGGAUUUCCUUUACGAAAUGGACAGAUGGUCUAUGGAGUCAAUAGCCCGAAUUGCCAUCGACACGCGCCUGGGUUGCCUCGAUCUGCACCAACCAGAGAAUGCAGAUGGUUUCAGGCUGAUCAAGUCAUUAUCGCGCUACUUCGAUCUAGCAUAUCAAGUCGAAAUUUUGCCAUCUAUGUGGAAAUAUGUUAGCACGCCCAAAUUCAAUGAAAUUAUGGAUAUAUUUGACUGUUUUACAGAAAUAUCCAUAAAACACAUACAAAAAGCUAUUAAAAGAUUAGAAGAAAAUCCGACCAUAGACGAAAGCAAUUUGAGCGUUUUAGAAAAACUACUGAAAAUCGAUCCACAAAUUGCUAUAAUUAUGGCACUCGAUAUGUUUUUCGCCGGUGUAGACACGACAUCUUCAACAUCAUUAAGCACGCUAUAUUUUUUGUCCAAAAAUCCUGAUAAGCAAGAUCGAUUGAGAGAAGAAGUUAAUUCCAAGUUUCCAAGAGGCAGCACUCUUACAGCAGAGGGUCUAAAUUCUUUAUCUUACCUUAAAGCAUGUAUCAAAGAAACUCAAAGACUAAAACCCAUUGCUGUAGGAAUUCUACGUAACACUGGCGCUGAUCUUGUACUCGGUGGAUAUUCAGUACCAAAAGGGACGCAGGUAUUAAUGUGCCAUCAUUUAGCUGCCAGAGUAAAGAAACAGUUUCCAGAUGAACACAAAUACAUGCCAGAGAGAUGGCUUCGAGCUGGUUCAGAAGGGUUUCCAUCAGCACAAUGUGCUCAUAAAUUCAGCUACAUGCCAUUCGGAUUUGGCCCUCGUAUGUGUGUUGGAAGAAGAUUUGCAGAAUUAGAAAUGGAAGUCCUUCUCACAAGAAUAAUAACUAAAUAUCGUCUUCAUUGGACAGGGCCUGAUAUGCAAUAUAAAAGUACCCUUAUUACGGGUCCCAUUGGACCGUUUGGAUUGCAUUUGAAUCCAAUAUAG